AGUAGAAGCGCAGCCAAACGGCGUGUCACACUUACAACUCGGUAGAUUUUUAUCUCUUUGCAAAACAGAUGGACGUGAUUUGUCUCGAAACCAUAACAUUUGUUUGCGCUUGUGGCACACGGUUGACGCGCUGAAGAACCGCGAAUGUUCGAGUGCGAGAGAGACUCUAGCGACAAAGGUGCGUAAUCUUUUCCACAGCUCAGCCGGUUGCAACCCACGAUUUUCCGCGCCUGCGUGUCUCUACGAAACUGACCUACAUAUGUGGUGAGCUCUUGUUCUCUCGCACGUUGUCAUCUCCGAUUCGGCGACAAACAAAAGAUGUUUUUUCAUGUGCACGCCCUUUUAUGUUGACUUUAAGAAACAUUGGUCUUCUUCGUUUGUGUCGGUUAGAAGGAGAGAACACGAAGAUGCAGGGAUUAGAGUGUGCUGUCUUCUCGCGCAUCAAUAACGGGCUUUCUUCUUUCCUACCCAACGCCGAAUGCAUGCGAGCAUGAAUUACCUUCGAUUUAUUCGCGCAACCUGGGCAACGUGAAAGAUGAUACCAAUUUCGUCAAGUAUUAACGUAUAUUCGACCCUGCGUCCCGGAUAACAGUCAUUGUUUUGUUGCUGUUCUCAACGGUUGGGGCUCAUUCUUUUACAAGGAUAGCAUUGUGCUCCUGGGAUUAUCUGUAACAGUCAGUUUCUUUUUUGUGCGGUGAUGAAUAUCGUUGGUUUUCUGUGAUGAAUACUAGUUGCUCUCCUUCAAAAUUCAAAUGGUCAAUCAUCCCCUUUUACCUACCCUUUUUGCUUCUUUAUUAUUACUUGGUGGUUGCAGUCUCUUCUCAACACUAUUCGUUUGCUCGUAGGCUUCAUCUCACCCAGUAGGUUUGAGACCACGCGUUGCCAUUGCCGUUCACCACAUACCAGUCUUUCUUUGCGCCAUCCUAAGAACGUAUUUCAUUUUUUUCUUCUACUUACAAGACAACAAGGAGCCGUAAUGGAGCGCUCGAAAACAGAAAGCGAACUCCAACAGGAGCGGGCUGACGAGAAAUUUGCUCGUCAACUUCAGGAGCAGCUUAACCAGCCUUCGCCUCUACCGGAUCCUUCGCUCCCACAGCAGGGAGCUACUGACGCAUCGCAGGAAGCUGCCGAUGCCGCGUUGGCACGUCAACUGCAGGAGCAAAUUAACCGCCAGGAAGCUGCGGAAGAAGCUACUCGUCACCAACACCGGAACUCAGAAGAUAAAAUUGAAGUCGCAUGCCCCGUAUGCACAUUCGUCAAUCACAUCAAGUCUUCUAGCUCGGCGAAGCACUGGAGGUGCUCACAGUGCCGUGAACUUCUUCCCAAUCCAGCAGCACCGACGGAGCGCAGCUCGCAAAAAGACCUCGUGGAAUGUAAGGUGUGCCAUUCGCUCAACAGACUUCCAACCAUCAAAUCUGAUGCAAUUCUGUGUGGCGGUUGUUACCAAGAACUUGGCUCGUCGCUGAGGGCUCCUGCUCCUACGCUAGAAAGCGAAGAGAAUCAACGUACGGUUCAAAUGCGAUGCGGUCAGUGUAAUGUGGUCAACGCAGUGACUGUUGGAGCCGACGUGAAGAAAAUGGAGUUUAUUUGUGGUGGUUGUGGCGUGUUAAAUACCAUUGCUCUUGAUUAA